AUUAUCUCCGCUCACGUGUAUGGCCAAACCUAGCCCUCUGGCAGUCUUUGGCACUCUUUGCAGAUUUAAAAUAAUCGCGGCUAAGUCAUGGCUAAUAUUCCAACCGAUCCAAAAUUUGUUCCUUCCCUUGUUUUUGAUGACAACACCUUUGUUAUUAAAAUAUACAGCCCUUAUGGAGGCACUUCACCAGGAAACUACAAACAACUUCAACAUGACAUCAACAAGGCAUUGACCGACCAAGGCCAUGCAUUUAGUACUAUCUUGUAUGCUCACACUAGUAGCACAUAUCUGCAAUGUGCUGAUAACUCAGAAGGACCAGCUAAAGAGACUAGAGCAAUUACAUUGAUAGAGUAUUUCUGUCCUGGAACUGUGGCAGACAACAGUGAAGCAUUGGCUGCUAUUCACAAAGUUGUUAAGAAUGCUUUUGAUCCUAACGAUGCAGGAUUACUUUGUUAUAAUGUUAAUAGAAUGCAAUACAUGAUCAUGAGCAAUGUCAACAUGUCAAGACUUGACCCUGACAAGAUCAAGAAGCCCGUAACAUAGGAUUGUAUAUAGUGUGACUAAUGAGUGACAAUUUUGCAAGUGAUUCAUUGCAAAAUAACUAAUAAUGCUAUGAAUUAUAAUAGUCCUUUUUUGUUUGAAUUUUACUAAGAGAUUGUUUUAAUGUGUUCUA